UCAACAAAACGCAGUCUGAGCCAUCGCCGUCGUCGCCUGCUUCACCGUGGACAACUAAACAAGCGAAGGGGGAGGGCAGGCGGCCGGCAAACGAGGCUCAUCCGAGCACGGUCAACUUUGUUACUGCCGUGUACUAAACAGUCAUCGUUUAACCUUCACGGCAGCAGCGUGUUCGCGGUUUUUGGCGCUCUUCAGCUCGUAAUCGUUCGCGGUAACGGGCACUAAUUGAAAUUAAACCAGCAUGCAUUUCGGAUAGCGUUUUGGGCAGUUCGCGUAAUAGUUUGAGUUCGCUUGAAGAGUGAUUAUAUUUAUCUGAAUUGCACACACGUUAGUAACUGCAUGGAAUCGCAUAGCACUCGCGGAAAAGGCAAAAUAUUGAUCUUCUGGCAAGAUUUUCCGCGCGGCCAUUGACGCGGCGUGAGAGUUGUGUUUUGUAAUUUCAAGGCAAUUCCGCGUGGGUGGUUUCGUUGGCCUACUACAGAGAGAGAGCUGAUAGUUUCUGGGUUGGAACAAUCUUGCUGAAAUAGUUGCCAUCGGUUCUGAUAAGGAUUACUACCCAGCACAUGUGUGUGGAAAAGCGGAAGAGGGGUAGUGCGGAAAUUAGAGUGCCGAACAAAUCAAGUUCAAACAAAACCACCGCGAUUGGAUUGGAUCAUCAUCAGCACCCAACCGGCUUCUUUGGGUAUACUCCUGUUGAAGUUGGUGUGGGUAAACAGAAGCGCAAGAACCCAGUUAUUCAAGUGUAAUCACCCUGCGGGACGCGCUCUCUCAUGCGUGUGCGCCUCUUGUCGUUCUGGACAUGUGCUUGAGUGUUUUUGCAGUGGAUUGUUCUGUGGGUUUUCCCCAGUAAAAAUGUUCAUUUAGUUAUAUCGGAGUGACCAAAUGCAGGCUAAAUCAAAUAAAUUUCGAGAGAAAAUUAUAAAUAGAAUGUAAACAAUGUCCAAAAAUAUACCAAAAAAUGUUAGUGCAUUUCAAGAAGAAACAAAAUCAAACAAUAAAAAAAUCCCAACCGUACAAUGAUGCUGGCAAGUAAGGCGAGAGUGAUGGAAUUUGGAAUAUCGGACACGACGACGGUGCGCGUGUUUGUGGAUCGUGUGAAUGCGAUCAACGAGAACCUGUUCAUCUGGACCAUAAUCGACGGUGUGCUGGUGGUGUGCAUCCUCGCCGGAAACAUCCUAACCAUCCUGGCGGUGCGCUACCACCGGCGAUUGCGACUGCUCAUCUCGAACCUGUUUGUCAUGUCGCUGGCCAUGUCGGACAUUUUCGUGGGCCUCACAUUGCCCUACCAUUUGGCGUUCUACAUGGGAAAUGAGCUGGGCCGGUUGAAGCACUUGUGUCUGCUGAGGUUUUUCGUGCUCAUCAUCGCGUGCAGUGUGUCGAUCUGGAACUUGAUCGCCAUCGCAGUGGACCGAUAUAUUGCGAUUUGUUAUCCACUGCAUUACACGCGCAUAAUGACGAAGAAAGUCGCCCUGGUAAUCUUGGGCUUUGGCUGGUGCCUGGCCAUUGUGAUCGCGAUCAUCCCGCUGAUCUGGAACCGCUGGGACACGGCGAUGGAGUGCGAAUUUGACGAACUGCUGCAUCCGUGGUACGUUGCCGGAGUGAUUACGCCCAUUUUCUCCCUGGUUUGGCUCUGCCUGCUGCUCGUCUAUUGGCGAAUUUGGCGCGAGGCGGCAAAACACGCCAAACAACUCCGGGCUCACCACUCCCAGGAGGGCACUUCGGACUGGAAGUCGGUUCAGGUUGUGCUGUUAAUCAUGGGAUGCUUCACCUUUUGCUGGCUGCCGUACUUUGUCGUGAUUUUGACGCAAAUCUUCAACUUUUUUGACUACAACUCUCCGGUACUGUACAAAGCGGUGUUUUCCCUCGCGAUGGCAAACUCAAUGAUGAAUCCGGUGAUCUACGCGUGGAAGAAUACCAACUUCCGGGAUGCGUUCAAGCAGCUGCUGACAUGCCGCAAGCCGGAUCAGCUCGAUGGUCCUCAGACGGGAACGGGACAUCGGAGUAGAUCGUCGAGAAAGCGAGAUUCCUCGCGAUCGAAUCAGGAUUCGGGAAUUCCUCACAGCAGAAAUCGUCCCGUUAGCCAGGACAGCGUCGAGUCGAUCGCGGCUCAGGUGUCUGACCAUGAGAUCACGUUCAUUUCGACGCUGCACGAUUCUGAUUCGAUCCAGAACCACACGAUUCAACUUUCGGUGGGAGCACCCGGCACAAACGGACCGACCAGUAUUACCACGCACAUAAUCAAGGGAAACGUGAUAAUCAACAACUAUAACUUGUACGAGAGUUACCUCAGUGUGAGGAAUGAAAACGACGGUAAAAAUGGCACUAACGUUUCCAAUCGAAGUUGUUCCAAUGGAAAACAUGGGAAAGACAGUAGUGCAAAGAGUCACAACCACUGUGAAAUGAACGAAGCUGAGGGUUUCAGUAAUCCCAGCUUCUCCGAAGAUGUUACGAGAUUGUAGAUCGGAGAUUGCAGUGCUUUUUGUUAUAGUUAAUGUCCAGAGUUUUUUUUUUUCAAUAGGUCCUAUAAACAUAUGAAACACAAUAGUUUAUUAGACAUUAAAAAAAAAACUCCAGCUGUUUACUACCUGACUAGAUUUGUAAGAACGUGUAGAUUUUUUGUAAAUAUGAAAUGCAUUGUUUUCUGCCAGCCCAAAUUUUUUUAUUCUGGCAGCACUAAUUGUAACAAAUAGUUGGUCAUGGAAAAUACAGUAUUGGACGAUAAGCUUAAGGAGGUAUUAAACUAUGGCAAACAAACAAAUAUACUCGCAUUUUUUCGCGUCUAACUAGUAAACUAGACAAAAUGUAUGCAAGCUGACGUUUUAACAAAUAGAUUAUAUCGUACAAACAACGCAGACAAACUGACAUACUGUCAAAAUGUGCGAAUUAGUUUGUUUGUUUGCCGUGGUCUAAUACCUCCUUUAACUUAAGUGAUCCAAAACAAGGUUCUUAAGGCUGUAUUAUACUAUCACAAACAAACAAACUUGACAGUUUGGAAGUUUGCAUGCAUACAUUUGGCUUUGUUUGCGAGUUAGGCAAACUGUCAACCAAAAAGUGCGAGUUUGUUUGUUUGUUUGCCAUAGUCUAAUACCUCCUUUAGCAAAUAUAUUGUUUAACGGCAUACUUUGUCGUGCAGCAAUCAUCGAGAACAAAAGUAACAACAAUAAAAUAUAGUUGUUAAAGUCUA